GAGCGGACGCGCGCCAGCAUUAGCCAGGAACACCCCCAUAUAUAACAAAUUAGCUCAUACCAAGCCGCGCCUUACCACAAGCGUCACCCCUGCGAAAUCCGGUGAGCACUCAAUAUAACCAAGGCUGCGCCCGGCAGCAUCUGUUUCGCUUUCGUCUCUAUCGCCAACUCCGACCUUGAGGAAUCUGUUCCUUGCCGCUCUUUAAAGCACACCGUCACUCUUUCAACCUCAAACAACCAGUACACUCACUACCUUAAUCGUCGCUUUACGCACGUUAAUCAAAUAAUACCGACAACAUGUUCACCAAGGCCUCCGUCGUUGCUAUCUUCGCCAGCAUUGCCGCUGCGCAGCUCCAUGCCCCUGUUGGCGAGCCUUCUGGCAACCCCAUCACUCGUCCUCUGAACGAGGUUGUCCCUGCUUGCAAGGCCUUCACCAUCACUUGGCAGCCGACCACCACCAACACGGUGUCUCUGCUCCUCCUCCGUGGACCUUCCACCAACGUUGUCCCCAUCCAGACUCUUGUUGAGGGUAUCAACAACUCCGGCUCCUUCGUCUGGACCCCUGCCUCCACCCUCGAGGCAGACACCACCCACUACGGACUCCAGCUGAUCGACGACGUCAACGGCCAGUACCAGUACUCCACCCAGUUCGGUAUCUCCAAGGCCGACUGCGCCGUCGUUGUCUCCUCCUCCAGCUCUGCUGCUCCCGUCGCUAGCUCCACCCCCGCUGGCCACCCCGUUGCCUCUUCCAGCCCUGCUGGCUACCCCGUUGCCUCUUCCAGCCCUGCCGGCUACCCCGUCAAGUCCAGCCCUGCUGGCUACCCCGUUGCUUCGUCGUCGGUCGUAAAGUCGUCCCCCGUUGCUCCAUACCCCACCACCGUCAAGACCGUCGCCACCUCCAGCGCCUACGUCGCCGGCACCGGUGCUCCUGCCCACAACUCCACCAUCAUGCCCACCGGCUCGAUGACCGUUCCCAGCUCUCUGCGCCCCUCUGCCACCGGCGCCGGCAACGGCACCAGCUCAGCCACUCUCCCCGAGUCUACCGGUGCUGCCGGCUCCAUCAAGGCUGGUCUCAGCCUUGUCGGUGCUGCCGCCCUUGCCGCGCUCAUGCUCUAAGUUACUGGCCCCUUCAGGUUUUGUGCUUUCAAAAAUUGCAUUAGAGCUAAUUGGGAUGUCAAUAAUGUCAUGAUGCUGCGUUCCGUUUGCUUUCCUUUCUAAGAUACUCCUGGUAUUUAUUAGGGUAUACACCGCUUCUUGUCCUUUAUUUUCGACCCAUGCUGGCUGGGUUGUGUAGAUAGUCAAUGCCAUCUGCACUGCAUAUGAUCCAACGUUCUGGCCCUCGUCGCAUCAUGUUGUGAUCUACGUCUUGAACGCUCUGACCGUUUGCAUUGACCUGACCGUUGUUGAUGUUGAGUCGUACGUCGUCGGGACCCUGACACCGCUGGACCCUUGGUCGCAAUUGUUUGCGUCCGCAUUCCACAACAGAUGCCACAACAACGCUGCUGCAGCACAUUCCUGCCCCACAAUGUCGUCAGUCACCGUCCGCAUGCGAAUCCAUGUGACGAUCCCUGCAUGUCUGCUGUUGUCGGCUGCCACAAGCG